UCUAAUAACUUAACGAAGAAGAAAAAAUAGAAGUCUUUGUUUAGCAUAGUAAGAAAAUAUACGCGUUUUUCUUUCGCUUUCUUAGCACAACCAUUCGUUUUUUCCCUUACCCUAAAUUUGCGCCUAUUCCCACGACGUCAUUUUCCCUUUCAUAUAAAACCCAAUCCAACCUCACCAUUUUUCUCAUUCCCAAAAUUCCCCUGAAACCUAAACCACAAAUCAUCACCGAUCAAUUGUCCGAUCAUGGCCGCCGAAGCUCAAGCCGAAUCUCAACCUCAACAGAAACCGGCUGAGGAAAAGAUUAACAAUAAUCAAGAUGUGCAACAACUGAAGUAUCUCCAAUUCGUGCAAUUCGCAACGAUUCAUGCCUUGAUGCGAUGCGCGAUCCUCUAUUCCUACGCGAAAGAACGUUCCGGUCCACUCAAAACCGGUGUUGAUACCGUUGAAGAAGCCGUUAAGACCGUCGUCGGUCCAGUCUACGACAAAUUCCAUCAAGUUCCCGUGGAGCUUCUCAAAUACGUUGAUCGCAAGGUCGAUGAGUCCGUUUCUGAACUGGAUCGUCAUGUUCCUACUAACGUCAAGAAUGUUUCAACUCAAGCACGAUCUGUUGUGACCGAAGUCCGCCGUGCCGGAGUUGUUGUGUCGGCUUCUGGAUUGGCAAAAACUGUUUACUCGAAGUAUGAGCCUAAGGCGGAAUUGUGCGCUGUGUCUGCGUGGAAGAAGUUGAAUCAGCUUCCGCUUUUUCCUCAGGUGGCUAACGUGGUUUUGCCAAAAGCUGCUUAUUGUACUGAGAAGUAUAAUGAAGCUGUGGUUUUAAGUGCGGAGAAAGGUUACAGGGUUUCUGCUUAUCUUCCGUUGGUUCCUACUGAGAAGAUUGCUAAGGUCUUUGCUGCUUAAACAAUGCUGCUUUCGAUUGCAAUUGAUUGUGCUUUCCAUAAGUUGUAUGUUUGGUUUUAUUUUAACUUUCUAGUUGUAAUUAGAAAGUAAACUUUUUUCAGUUUCGGGUGUGGAUCUGGGAAUCAUGAUCUAUAAAAAUAUACAUUGAAAAUCUUAA